AUGAGAUCAUUCGUUUCUGCUGCACCGAGGGCGCUCCGGCCCCUGGCUUCUAGGUGUGCUCGUCCAGCAGUCCGCAUCCCUUGCUUCCGCAGCUUCUCUUCCACUCUUCCCCGGAGACAGGAGGAGAGACAGUGGUCAACCCCGUUGGCUAAGCAGCUCUAUGAGGCCAUAUCUCUCACUGGACCCGUGCCACUGGCCAGCUACAUGCGCAUGUGUCUGACGGGUGACCUGGGUGGCUAUUAUACCGGAGCCAUUGGCGAGGGCCGCGAUCAGUUUGGCACUAGGGGCGACUUUAUCACAUCGCCAGAGAUAUCACAGGUUUUUGGUGAACUCAUUGGUAUAUGGUUCACUGCUGAGUGGAUCGGUCAAGGUCAGCCCACCUCGGGUGUCCAGGUCAUCGAGGUUGGACCUGGCCGCGGUACCCUGAUGGACGAUGUGCUUCGUACUAUACAAAGGUUCCCUGUCAUGGCCAGGAGCAUCGAUUCCAUCUACAUGGUUGAGGCCAGCCGCGAGCUGAGAGAGGCUCAGCAGAAGCUUCUAUGCGGCCCCAAUGCCACCUUUACGGAAACGGAGCUUGGGCUCAAAGGAACCAGCAAAUACGGCGGAACGCCCAUCAUCUGGUCCGAGACUAUCAAGCCCAUACCCACCAAACCAAACAAUAUGCCGUUCAUUGUGGCACACGAAUUCUUUGACGCCCUGCCAAUCCAUGCUUUUGAGUCCGUCGCGGUGGAUCCGGAAAAGUCACCGGCUCCCGGAGGACCCUCGUCGCCCCCCUAUCCUAUCGCGACCAAGUCUUCGACCGAGUGGCGUGAGAUGAUGGUGUCUCCCACGCCGCCGGGCGUCACACACAUGGACCUCAAAACUCCCAAGUCGGAGCAUGGCGAGCCCGUUCCCGAGUUCCAGCUGAUCCUUUCGUCGACGACGACUCGCCACUCCCGGUACGUUCCCGAGUCGUCUCCGCGCUACCGCAGCCUCAAGAGCACACCCGGCUCCGUCAUUGAGGUCUGCCCGGAUGCCUCCAUGUACGCGAACGACUUUGCCACACGCAUCGGUGGCUCUGACGAGAAGCCCAAACCCCGAGCUAGCGGCGCCGCCCUGAUCCUCGACUACGGCACCUCGGACACGGUCCCCGUCAACUCCCUCCGCGGCAUCCGCCAUCACCGGCGUGUCAACCCCUUCUCCGCCCCGGGCUUGAUCGAUCUCAGUGCCGACGUCGACUUUACAGCCAUCGCCGAGGCCGCCAUGGACGCCAGCCCCGGCGUUGAAGUCCACGGCCCCGUCGACCAGAGCUACUUCCUCGAGGCCAUGGGCAUCCGCCAGCGCGCAGAGGUGCUCGCCAAGGCGCCCAACCUGCCCAAGGAGACCGUUGACAACAUACACAAGUCGUGGAGACGCCUUGUCGACCGUGGCCCUGACGGCAUGGGGAAGCUGUAUAAGGUCUUGGCCAUUGUUCCCGAAAAUGACGGUCUUAGACCGCCCGUUGGCUUCGGAGGCGAUGUACAGUACCAAAAAUAG